CUGGUAGCAUCAGCUCUGCCUGACACAUGCCACGAGGAACGGUCACUUAAAGUCUGCUGAAAAGAUGGGGAACUUGUAGCCCGCCGUCAGAUCCCCCCGCCGCUGCUCCGUUUGCAGCGCCCUCACAUGAUCACAUGACUCUUGAUAUGGACGCGGUACUGUCGGACUUCGUUCGAUCUACGGGGGCAGAACCGGGUCUGGCAAGAGACUUGCUGGAAGGAAAAAACUGGGAUUUGAUGGCUGCUCUGAGUGAUUAUGAGCAGCUUCGGCAGGUUCACACAGCUAACCUGCCCCAGGUGUUCAACGAAGGAAAAUAUCCCAGGCAGCAACAGGAGAGAGAGACUUCCCAACCGAUGAACAAGAGUGAGCGGUCUUCUCUUCAGAGGCAGGAUGACGUUUCUCAAGAGAAGAGGCUCUCCAGAGGGAUUUCCCACGCCAGCUCCGCGAUAGUCUCCCUCGCGCGGUCCCAUGUGGCCAACGAGUGCAACAGUGAAAAUUUCCCCCUGGAAAUGCCCAUCUACACCUUCCAGCUCCCCGAUUUGAGCGUCUACAGCGAAGACUUCAGGAGCUUCAUUGAGCGGGACUUGAUUGAACAGGCCACCAUGAUCGCUUUGGAACAAGCUGGCCGUCUUAACUGGUGGUCCACCGUGUGUACAAGCUGCAAACGGCUCCUUCCGUUGGCAACAACCGGAGAUGGAAACUGCCUGCUACACGCUGCCUCUCUGGGAAUGUGGGGGUUUCAUGACAGGGACCUUGUAUUACGAAAGGCUCUCUACACAAUGAUGAGAAGUGGCGCUGAGAGGGAAGCCCUGAAGAGAAGGUGGAGGUGGCAGCAGACACAGCAAAAUAAAGAGUCAGGGUUAGUUUAUACGGAAGAAGAAUGGGAGCGGGAGUGGAACGAACUGCUAAAACUGGCUUCGAGUGAACCACGCACUCAUUUCAGCAAAAACGGAGGCACCGGUGGUGGUGUAGACAAUUCUGAAGACCCCGUGUAUGAGAGCCUGGAAGAAUUCCACGUUUUUGUCCUAGCACAUAUAUUAAGGAGACCAAUUGUUGUGGUUGCUGAUACAAUGCUCCGAGAUUCUGGAGGAGAAGCAUUUGCGCCAAUCCCGUUCGGCGGAAUUUACUUGCCUUUGGAAGUCCUGCCUAACCGCUGCCAUUGUUCGCCCCUGGUCCUUGCCUAUGAUCAAGCACAUUUUUCUGCUCUCGUGUCUAUGGAACAAAAAGAUCAACAGAGGGAACAAGCGGUGAUUCCUCUGACUGACUCUGAACACAAGUUACUGCCUUUGCAUUUUGCAGUUGAUCCAGGGAAGGACUGGGAGUGGGGGAAGGAUGACAGUGAUAACUCCAAGCUGGCCAAUUUGAUUCUCUCUCUGGAGGCAAAGCUUAACCUUCUACACAGUUACAUGAAUGUAACCUGGAUACGCAUACCAUCGGAAACACGGGCUCCUCUAGCACAGCCAGAAUCUCCUACGGCAUCCGCAGGAGAAGAUGUCCAAUCUCUAGCUGAUUCCAUGGACUCCGAUAGAGAUUCCAUCUGCAGUAAUUCCAAUGGCAAUAAUGGCAAAAAUGGGAAAGAGAAAGAAAAGCAAAGGAAGGAGAAAGAAAAAAACCGGGCCGAUUCAGUUGCUAACAAACUAGGAAGUCUCAGUAAGACGCUCGGCAUCAAGCUGAAGAAGAACGUGGGUGGGCUCGGAGGGCUAGUUCAUGGGAAAAUGAGCAGAGCAAAUUCCGGAAAUGGGAAGAAUGGGGAGAUCCUCGAGAAAGGUAAGGAGAAGAAGUCGAAGUUGCGUAAAGGAAGCAAAGAGGAGUCUGCCCCCUCCACAAGCACUUCUCCCUCUGAGAAGACCACCCCCUCCCCCACCGAGAAGGCCAGUGUCUCACCUGUCGAAAAGACGAACUCCAAAUCCCCUUCGGACAAGCAGCCCGACCCGUGGAAGUACAGCACGGACGUCAAGCUGAGCCUCAACAUCUUGAGGGCUGCCAUGCAAGGGGAGCGCAAGUUCAUUUUUGCUGGCCUCCUCCUGACCAGCCAUAGACACCAGUUCCACGAGGAGAUGAUCGGCUACUACCUGACCAGUGCCCAGGAGCGCUUCAGCGCUGAGCAGGAGCAGAAGAGGAAAGAGGCCGAGAAGAAGGCUGCAGUCCAUGGGCCGCUGUGCAGGAAGCCGGAGCAAGAGGCGUGUUCGAGGGAGAAGCUGGACUCCUCUCCUCAAGGGCGGGCAUCCCCAGUCUUGCCCCAAAGCCAUACGACUCAGCUGGUUUUAAAGUUUAAAGACCGCACGAGCCCCAUCCCAGGAGGCUUUUCUUCGCCCAGCAAUGGCGGAAAGAAAAGUGGACCCAUCCCAGUAUCUGCCCACUACAGCCAUACUCCUCCCAUCCAAAGGCAGAGCGUCAUCCACUGGCAUGAAGUCAACUCCAAGCCGUCCAGCUUCCAAGACGAUUCCUGCAAGCCCGUCGUCGGCACCCUGAAAACAUGUGCCACAUACCCCCAGCAGAACCGGUCCUUGUCUUCACAAAGCUACAGUCCAGUCCGGAUAGCAGGCAUCCGUACUGUCAACACGGUGGAGUCCCUGACCUACGCCAUGCCUACGGACCACAAGUCACAGACGUACACCAAUGGGUUUAACACCAGUGACAUUAGAGACUGCUUAGAGUACGCGGAUGAGGACGCACCUCAGACCUGGUUGAACAAUGACAAAAAUCGGGGCCGGAGCACCGUUUGCCCGAUAUAUACUCUGCAGCAGAACCGGUGCAAGAAGGAGAACUGUUCCUUCUACGGUCGCCCUGAGACUGAAAACUACUGCUCCUACUGCUAUAAGGAGGAGCUAAAACGCAGGGAACGAGAAAGUAAAGGCCACCGGCAGUGAAGACGGUGGAUGGCUUCCCACGAAUAUUUAUUUUCUCCAUUUUCUUACGUAGGAAGUAUGUGGCAAAGAAUUACAGGGAGAAGGAGAAGGAGCUCCUAUUGGGGGAUCUACAAGGAGAAAAGUCUAGUUUAUUUUUUUUUCUGGGGCGAUACAAAAAGGAUUAAUUUAUCAUAAAGAGUUUAUUAUUUUCCAUUUUGUCAGAGUCUUUUUUACAUACUCUGGUAAGCUGAAAGGUUGUUUACUCUUUUGUCAGUGCUGUGUUAUGUGCGGUCAAAAUUUUACUAAUGGUGCCUGAAUUUACACUGACAUCACUCAGGUAGUAGAAAGAUAGGGAAAAAG